AUGGGAGAAACGUACUAAGUCCUCUCUGUUUGGACCAUUUACCAAGUAGUGGAGAGGUGGAGAGCGAUAAAGAGGGGCAAAGGAGGUGAUAAUUGCUUCAAGGCUUAGGCUUUUGCCUCUCUCCAGCCACUUCGUCAGGGUCGUCUUCACUUUGUCAAUCCCAAAAUCCCUCUGUGGAUUUCUUCAAAGCUCAGUUGUAAAGUUCACCAAUAAAGCCCAGAGAUUUACGGGUACAAGAAUGUCAUGAUUACUGAUUGUUCGUUUCGGGGUCUGUAGUAUUUGGGAAAUUGGAACCUGUUUGAUUGAGAUAUGACUCGGAGGGUUAGGCGAAAAGGGUCACAAUCUAAGGACAAAGCCAAGGCAAACUUUCCGAGUUAUUUGGAAAUUGGGGAUGCUAUUAAUGAUGUUGACUGGACAAACUUGCCUGAUGACACAGUGAUUCAACUGUUUUCACGUCUAAAUUAUCGGGACCGAGCUAGCUUGUCAUUAACCUGUCGAUCAUGGAGGCAAUUGGGUUCCUCACCUUGUUUAUGGACCUCACUGGAUCUCCGGUCCCAUAAGUUUGAUGAUAAUGCUGCGGAUUAUCUUUCCUCUCAGUGUGCGAAUAUUACGAAGCUUCGGUUCCGUGGGGCUGAAUCUGCAAAUGCAAUUAUUAGACUUCAGGCAAGGGGUCUUCGUGAAAUUAGCGGUGAAUUUUGUCGGGAUAUUAAUGAUGCAACUCUUUCAGUUAUAGCAGCUCGACAUGAGGCGCUUGAGAGUCUACAGCUUGGGCCUGAUGCUUGUGAUAAGAUCACCAGUGAUGCUAUCAAAGCAGUUGCUUUCUGCUGUCCAAAGUUGAAAAGGCUUAGAAUUUCAGGUGUUCAGGUUGUUACUGGAGAUGCCAUAAAUGCUUUAGGUAAGCAUUGUGGGCAGUUGGUGGAACUCGGGUUUAUCGAUGGAGAUAAUGUAGAUGGGGCAGCAUUGGGGAACUUGAAGUCAGUUCGAUUCCUAUCAGUUGCAGGGACAAGAAACAUGAAGUGGGGUUCAGCUGUGCAACCUUUGUGUAGAUUGAAUAGUUUGAUUGGGAUAGAUGUGUCAAGAACCGAUAUAAGUUUGAGUUCUGUUACGAGGUUGUUGUCAUUUUCCCAAAACUUGAAAGUCUUCUUCGCUCUGAAUUGUCCAAAAUUUGAGGCAGAUGUUAAUAAUAGCACCAGCUAUAAUUACAAAGGAAAAUUGUUAGUUGCCCUUUUCAGUGACAUUUUUAAGGGAGUAGCCUCAUUAUUUGCUGAUAAAAUAGAGAAUCAGAGGGAAGUGUUUUCUCAUUGGAGGAAAUUGAAGAAUAGGGAUAAUAAUUUGGAUGAAAUAGUGACAUGGAUUGAAUGGAUUCUCUCGCAUUCCCUUCUGCGUAUUUCAGAGAAUAACCCGGAGGAGUUCAAUGAGUUCUGGCUUAGGCAAGGAGCAGCAUUGUUGCUUAGUUUAAUGCAAAGCUCACAAGAGGAUGUACAAGAAAGAGCAGCCACAGCAGUUGCAACUUUUGUUGUUAUUGAUGAUGACAAUGCUACUGUUGAUUGUCGAAGGGCUGAGGCAGUUAUGCAGGAUGGUGGAGUAGAGCUGCUUUUGGACCUUGCUAGCUCUUGUCAGGAGGGGCUUCAGUCUGAAGCAGCAAAGGCUAUUGCAAACUUGUCUGUGAAUUCAAAAGUUGCAAAAGCUGUUGCUGAAAAUGGUGGAAUUGACAUACUUAGUAACUUGGCGAGGUCAAUGAACAGAUUGGUUGCUGAAGAGGCUGCUGGAGGGCUAUGGAAUCUCUCUGUGGGAGAAGAGCACAAGGGUGCAAUAGCUGAGACCGGUGGUAUAAGAGCCUUGGUAGACCUUAUUUUCAAAUGGCAGUCUGCUGGUGAUGGAGUUCUUGAGCGUGCAGCUGGUGCAUUGGCAAACUUGGCAGCCGAUGAUAAGUGUAGCAUGGAGGUCGCAAUGGUGGGUGGUGUCCAUGCUUUGGUGAUGCUUGCUCGGUCCUGCAAAUUUGAGGGAGUGCAGGAGCAGGCUGCUCGUGCCUUGGCUAAUUUGGCUGCCCAUGGAGAUAGCAACAAUAACAAUUCUGCUGUUGGGCAAGAGGCUGGUGCACUGGAAGCACUGGUUCAACUUACUUGUUCUCAACAUGAAGGGGUCAGGCAGGAAGCUGCUGGUGCUUUGUGGAAUUUGUCAUUUGAUGAUAGAAAUAGAGAAGCCAUUGCAGCAGCUGGUGGUGUUGAGGCCUUGGUUGCUCUUGCACAAACUUGCUCAAAUGCCUCCCAAGGUCUUCAAGAAAGGGCUGCUGGUGCUCUCUGGGGAUUGUCAGUAUCAGAAGCUAACAGUAUUGCCAUUGGACGACAGGGAGGUGUUGCACCCCUUAUUGCAUUGGCACGUUCAAAUGUUGAAGAUGUCCAUGAGACUGCCGCAGGAGCACUCUGGAAUCUUGCUUUCAAUCCUCAUAAUGCUCUCCGUAUAGUGGAGGAUGGGGGAGUUCAAGCUCUUGUUAAUUUAUGUUCUUACUCACUAUCAAAAAUGGCGCGCUUCAUGGCUGCAUUGGCAUUGGCAUACAUGUUUGAUGGAAGAAUGGAUGAAGUUGCACUUGUGGGGCCUUCAUCAGAGGGUGCUUCAAAGAGUAGAAACAUCAAUGGGGCUAGAAAGAUGGCCUUGAAGAAUAUCGAAGCAUUUGUGCUUACAUUUACAAACCCACAUACCUUUGGUCUUGCUCUUGCAUCAUCAGCCCCCACAGCUCUUGUACAAGUCAUAGAGAUGGCAUGCAUUCAAGAAGCAGGCCAUCUGAGAUGCAGUGGGGCUGAGAUUGGAAGAUUUGUAACCAUGCUAAAGAACCCUUCUCCAGUUCUCAAGUCAUGUGCUGCUUUUGCUCUUCUCCAGUUUACCAUCCCAGGCAGCAGGCAUGCAGUGCACCAUGCAAGCCUCUUGCAAAAGGCAGUAGCAUUGCGGACCCUGCGUGCUGCAGCUGCAGCCGCAACUGCCCCUGUUGAAGCCAAAGUUUUUGCAAGAAUUGUACUUCGAAACCUAGAGCACUACCAGGUAGAAGCUUCAAUUUAGAAACCAAUCUUAUUUGUUGAUUCCCAUGAAUUCUUGGUCUCCCCCAUUACAAAAUCAAGAAACUUUGAAGCCAGACACAACCUUGACUCUCUGCAACAGAGACUAACCAACAAGAAUUUGUCUCCUCGAGUAGGGGAUGGGAGAUAAUUGGAAAUAAGGAUGGAUUCGGCUUUCUUUCCCCAAUAGAUCUUGGGUUUUUAAGGUUGUUUUAUAUGGUUUUGUGUGAUUAAGUUUACUUUCCACAUUUCCAUAUCAAAAUUUGAUAAUUGAACAGUUUACAUUUCAUAUAUUCACUGCAUUUUUGGGUUUUUUCUACUACUAAUGAUAAUGAACGAGAAGCCCCAUUUUGGUCUCCUCCUUGAUA